UACACACAAAAGUCAGAAAUAGAGAGAGGAGAAGAAGAAAAACUACAACUUUUUGCCCCUUUCUCAUAAACACAAGGACAAGGAGGAAUUGUUUUUUUUUUCAACACUUAAUGAACAUUUCCAAGAAGUUAAUUGCUAUGAACAUUUUCAAGAAGAAGACUACUCCCAAAGAUGCCCUUCGAACCAGCAAGAGAGAAAUGGCUGUGGCUACACGAGGUAUCGAGAGAGAGAUUUCAUCUCUUCAGCUGGAGGAGAAGAGACUAGUUGCAGAAAUCAAGAAAACAGCUAAAACUGGAAACGAGGCGGCUACAAAGAUUCUGGCACGUCAACUAGUUCGAUUGAGGCAACAGAUUACAAACUUACAGGGAAGCCGUGCUCAAAUUAGGGGUGUAACCACUCACACACAGGCUCUGUAUGCCAGCACUUCUAUUUCUUCUGGUAUGAAGGGUGCAACCAAAGCUAUGGUUGCAAUGAACAAGCAAAUGGCACCAACGAAACAAGCCAAAGUGAUUAAGGAUUUCCAGAAACAGUCUGCACAGCUAGACAUGACGAUAGAGAUGAUGUCAGAGGCAAUUGAUGAAACACUUGACAAAGAUGAAGCUGAAGAAGAAACAGAAGAUCUCACUAACCAGGUUCUUGAUGAGAUUGGUGUUGGUGUUGCAUCUCAGUUAUCUUCAGCUCCAAAAGGUCGGAUAGCUACAAAAACUGCAGCUCCCCCUGCUACCACUGCAACUACUACCAACAACAACAGCUCUGAAUCAAGUGAAGUGGAUGAGCUUGAGAGGAGGUUGGCUUCACUGAGACGAAUCUGACAGUCACAUCUUAUCAAGUUACUUGGGAAAUGCAUGGUGUAUGAAGAAAAAUAAACAGCUUUCUUUUUUCUUUUGCUUGUGAUCUCUGUAUAAAUCUGCUGAAACUCAUCCGUUGAUAAGAUUUUGUUAAACCAAACGCUUUUAGAAAGAAGUUGAACUACAAACGCUUUCUUUGAAUAAAAAAUCUCUGUAAAAGAAACGCUUUCUUCGACUUUGUGUAAUACCCUAAUACGUUUUCAUCCUCCUUUAA